GGCGCGGCGCUCCGCCGCCGCGGCAGCGGAUUUCCGGAGAAGAAGAGCUUCCCGAGCGGGGCUGUUUAUUUCCCGUCGUUUCCGUUGUUUUUGUCCGCCGAAGCCCCGCGAAGCAGCAUGAACCGGGGCCCGGAGCGGCUCUUCCAGCCCCCCCUGCGGGACCACGAGGCCGCCGUGCUGGAGAACGCCGUCCGGCUCGCCGUAGACUCCGUCAUCAACGUGCUGUGCAGCGUGAACGGCGCGCGGAGCCGCGAGUACCGGCGGAUGGUGGAGGACCGGGACCGGGAGAUCCGGCGGCUGGAGGGCCGGCUGACGGAGCUGGAGCGGGAGCUGCGGCUGCUGCGGCGCCGGGGCUGCUCCUGCGGGCUGCUGGAGGCCCGCAGCUCCGAGGAGCCCGGGGGCGGCGACCCGGGGGGCAGCGACCCGGAGGGCGGGGACCCGGCCUGCGGGGACCCGGCCUGCGGGGACCAGGACGCCGCGGCCGCACGGCAGGACUGUGAGAUGAGGAUUUCAUUGGGCCUCUUCGGCAGCCCCCCCUCCCUCGUGUCCCCCCACAGCCUGGAGUCGGCCGCGCCGUCCCCCCCCGGCCGGCCGGUCCUGGACCGGUCCUCGGAGGCCUCGGGGGCCUCGGGGGCGCCGGACGCCUGCGGGGCCGCCGUCAAGGAGGAGUCCUGCGAGCUGGACGCCGUCCUCAUCAAGUGGGAGAUGAGCGAGGACGGGGCGGCGGGGGGGCGGAGCCCGGGGUCCGUCCCCGGGGGCAGAAAGCCGCUGGACAGCAGCCAGAGGACGACCUUCAGGGAGAAGCCCCGGGACCCGGGGGGGCCGCAGACCUCCGAGGGAGACCACCUGAGGAACAGGAAGCGCGGUGUUCCCACAUCGCAGCUGCCGGAGGAGGCCCAGCGGAUCAAGCGGGCGGCGUGGAGAGCGGCGUCGCGGCGCUACUACGCCCGGAAGGUGGCGCGGCAGCAGGCUGCCUACCCCCGCCCCCUCCCCCGCCUCACGAACUGCCCCCUCCCCCAGCCGCCGCCGCCGCCGGACGCCUGGAGCUCCAACAGGAGGCUCUACAGCCAGGAGGCGCCGCCGCCGCCGUAUGGCCUGCUGCUGGACGGAGCCCUGCCCCCCGGAGAGCAGCAGGACGCCGGCGGGGGGGGCAUCAUGUGCAGCUGAGGAUGUGUGUGUGUGUGUGUGUGUGUGUGUGUGUGUGUUGUGUGUGUGUGUGUGUGUGUGUGUGUGUGUGUGUGUGUGUGUGUGUGUGUGUGUGUGUGUGUUUAAAGCAGACUAAUUUAUUCAGCUGUUUUCUCAUUAAAGCCUCAUUAAAGCUUCAGACCU